AAACAACCCAAACAGUCUGCAUGGAAAGACAUAUUGAGUGGAGGGAGUCAAUUCCUGUAUCGACCCACCAGGGGUCCAGCUGGGCUACCAGGUCUGACGGGACCAAAAGGUGAAAAGGGAGAACUGGGACGACCUGGACAAAAGGGUCGGACGGGGCCUCCAGGUCUCCCGGGGCGCCAGGGACCAGCCGGGUGGCCAGGACCAAAUGGGCCCAAGGGGGAGAAGGGAGAUGGUGGAUUGAUGGGAAUACCUGGAGCAAGAGGACCUCUUGGACCUAAGGGUUUACCUGGAUACAAAGGAGAAAAGGGUUCCCGUGGUGACCGUAGUGAGAGAGGGAUGAAGGGAGACAAGGGAACAAUGGGCUUCCCUGGAAUGCUUGGACAGAAAGGGGAAAUGGGUCCAAAGGGAGAACCUGGAAUCUCAGGGAAUAGAGGACCGACGGGCAGACCAGGGAAGAGGGGCAAACAGGGAGGGAAGGGCGACAAUGGGAUUAUUGGCCCUCUAGGUCCAGCAGGUCCUCAGGGGCCCACAGGCCACCCUGGUCCCCCAGGUCUCCCAGCCUCAGGACUCUACGUGGUUGGAACGAAAGGUGAGAGGGGGCUACCAGGUCUUCCUGGACCUUGCAGCUGUAACUCCAUUAGUGUGAAGAGUCCACAGCUUGAUGAACAUAGUUCCAGGAGCGACUACGCCAAAGUGCCAGCGAUAUUUGUGGUAAACAGUCAAGAAGAACUAGAUGGUCUUCAUACGGACAAUGCCCUAGCCUUCCGGAAAGACCAGAGGUCGCUUUACUUCAAGGACACCAGCGGAUGGCUGCCCAUUCAGCUGACGCCAUUCCAGUCUACGGAGAACGCUCCGGAACAGGAGGGUUACUGUGGCGACGGGAUCGUUCAGAUCCCCAAUGGGGAGGAAUGUGACGACGGGAAUAGGAUUGUCACCGACGGCUGCGUCAAGUGUAAACAUGCUUACUGUGGAGAUGGUUAUCGCUACGACGGGGCCGAGGAAUGUGAUGGAAAGGACUUUGGCUAUCAGACAUGCAACUCAUAUCUCCCAGGGUCUUAUGGUCGUCUCAGAUGCACUCCGUACUGUGUCAUUGACUCUACAAACUGCAAGUAUUUCACAUGAGGAGGAACCUGGACACAGCAGUGGGAUCCUUCUUGUCUCGUUUGCUUUGGUACUGAACAGGAGGACGGCAAAUAAAAGAUCAACAACAACACUGCAAACAAGAGACUCAAAAAGGAAGUGUUGACAAACUGGACUAAGCCUGACAAAAUAACCAAAACUACACACACUAACUCUGUUGUAUCGCUGCUGAAGCCAUGUAGCUCCCGAGGAGGGGAGCCGGGGCCAGUAAAAUGCCCCCUCAUCCAUUCGCACUGGACAAUUUCACUUUGUCUUAAAUAAAACUCAACUCAAGACUGAAGAGGCUCUGCCCACCUGAUAGGACCAGCCGCUGAACGAGAGGCAGUCAAAUGAGAGACAGCCAGGAAGGGAGAGACAGCCAAUGGGAAAGCUCUGAGAAAGUGAGAGACUCGUGGGUGGAGCCGGAAGCCAUAUUUACCUCGACGUAGCACUGUUAAAGAAGAGAGAACCAGGUCUGAACAAUCAGAAGUAGGGUGCUGUGUAUUUUACUGCAACGUCAAUGACGUCAUGUACUGUAGCAUUUGCAUGAGGCUGAGAUUGCUGUGAGACCAUGGCCACAGAUGUCAUUACCUAGGCAUUUAACCAAUCACAAUACUUACUAUCGUUGUCAUGAGCUUCGUACUGUGUAUAUAUAGUAGGUAUACGUCUCCAUUUGUACGUAGGGAGUAUAUUGUAUGUUAUAAUUGUACUAAUCAGGACAGCAGGGGCAUGUUAUAAUGAUACAGUAUUCAGGAGGAUUCUGAGAGCCUUGGUCAGUCUGUACUGAAGCCUUGGUCAGUCUGUACUGAAGAGGCAGAUCUUAAGCCUUGGUCAGUCUGUACUGAAGAGGCAGAUCUUAAGCCUUGGUCAGUCUGUACUGUAGAGGCAGAUCUUAAGCCUU